AUGCCAAUCCUAAGACUAGACGGACUGCCUGCGUCUGCGCCGGCGCCGAUACGUCGCCGGCUCGUAGACUAUUCCGACAGUGAGAGCGACGAUGAUGACAUCGACCCACCGCCGGCAACGGCCUCAGGCGCAACAACGACCACCGACGCAGAGCCUGAAACCGAAAACGAGCUGGCCGGUAUCGUGAUCGAACUGCAGAAGAAGUACAUCCGAGAAGUUGAGGAUAUUGGCGAGAAGCAAGCGCAGUGGAAGCGCGAAGUACAGAGCUGGAAGGCGACGUUUGAGGAAAAGUGGAAGCUGGAGCAGAAGUUGUUAAGAGGACUGAUCAAAAAUGUGUAUGGAAUUAAUGUCGAAGAACUUUUGGCGAAGGAGGGACUGUCAUCGGGGCCGGCUCCGAACAUCGAGACGCAGGGUCCACCGUCUCCGUUUCCGUCUCCAUCUCCGCCCGCUUUGCCGGCGGCAUUCCCGAAUGGUUCUCGGAGCUUGACGCCCGCUCCUCAGCAGUAUGAGGACUUGAUGGCUAGAGAAAGCGAAAUACAGGCGGGCGGAACACCAAAAGUGGCGGCCGUCCUUCCACAAAGGGCUAGAAGUACCGGCAAGAAGGCUCCGCGGCCUAAUGUUGCCGCGAAUCGUCGACCUUACCAACCGAAGAGAAAGCCCGUCGUCGCGAAACCGAAGCCAACGGAAAUUACGAACGAUUCUGGUAUCAACCUGGACGCUGAUGGAAUGUCAUCACAGCCCUCUGAGAAACAGUCCGACGUUCGCCCGCAACAGCUGGCACCACAUGCCGAGCCCCCAAGCCCCUACGAUGAUCCGAAGUACUUCAGUUCCUUGACUGUUACUGGGGCGGACGGAGUGGAACGGCCAAUCUUCAAAUUUUACAAGCAUCCCGAUAUGGUAGAAGAACAAUGGGCCGAGUGGAAGUACGGUCUACAUGACCAGCCGCCAGUCGAGCAACUCGAAGACAAGUAUCGAGCGAGAUGGCGCAGAGAGGCGUACAGCCGGUCGUGGUUCACGAGAAGAAAGGCCUUCUGGGAUAGGAUGAAGCAGAUGAUGAUGGACGGGAAGACUGAAGAGGAGGCUCUGGAUGUGAUGAGAAGCCUUGCACAGGCGAAAGGAAGCGUGCCGGGCCUCGUGGCCGCGCUCGUGGCAGAGCGUGGCGGAAAGGGGGGAAACGUGGGAAUGAAGCGGAAGAGAUCUCCCAACCUGGUUGGCAAAAGGUCAAGGGAAAGCUCGAAAAGCAUCACUGACGAAGAGACAGAUUCAGAUAAAGUUAGUGAUAGGGCCGUCCGGAUCUGUCCGACGAUGCGGAAGCGCGUCAUGUUGAUCGACAUCGAACCCGUCCACAACAGUGAUGCCGACACACCGUCGGGGGCGGAUGAUGACGAUGACGAGUGGACAGGGUGA